AUGACUGUGCAUGAGGACAUGCACAAUGUCAGGAUGGGCGAGUAUGUAUCCACGUCAACUGCCAAUCCGAAGAGCGUAGUUCAGGCAGCUGAAACUGGGUCUGGGGAAGCCACACAUAUCGUGACAGAGAACAUACAAAAUGAGUCCACACCGACAGUCAACUGUUUUGCGACAGGGAUAGUGAAAGAUGAAGUAUUGUUAGCCACAGCCCUCGUAAAGGCUGAGUCCAAAACAGGCGACUAUCAGGUGAUUCGUGCAUUCAUAGAUCCAGGCUCACAGUCUUCCUUUGUCACGGAAGCUGUGGUACAAGCCUUAGGGUUAAAGAAAGUGCCUACCAAGAGUUCAAUUACGGGAUUAGGUGGCGAGCCGACGUCUGCGGUGCCUAAGUACACAGUAGACUUAACCAUCCAAUCGCUCGUUGAUCCAGCAUUUAAGAUUGUAGUAAAGCCAUAUGUUUUAAACAAGGUCACCAAUUACCUUCCUGGUAAACAAGCAACAGUCCCAGAAUGGUUGAAACAGAAACAGCUUACCUUGGCCGAUCCGACUUAUAAUAGACCCAAUAAAAUCGACGUACUAUUCGGAGGCGAAGUGUACUGCCAGAUACUUACAGAUGGAGUACUCAAAGGUCCAAAAGGGUUUCCUCUAUUACAGUGCACCACUCUCGGGUGGAUUAUAUCUGGCCCAGACGGGUCAACGAGUACAAAUGACAGUGUGACAGUCUUACAUACGCAGGUGAAUGAAGAUGAUAUGCUGAAAAGAUUUUGGGAGAUGGAAGCAGAACCAAAAGUUCACUCCCGACUGUUUACAACCGAAGAACAAAGGUGCGAAGAUUUCUUUGCAUCUACGACAGUGAGAGACCAACAGGGCAGAUAUGUCGUGAAAUUGCCGUUUCGCGACGAUCCUACCUGCAAGGGCAAUUCAAGGAAGAUUGCAGUUAAAAGACUACACAGUUUAGAGAGGAAAUUUGAAAAGGAUAGUACACUUAAAGCUAGAUAUACUGAAGUCAUAAAAGAGUAUGAGCAACUAGGUCAUAUGAAACCUGUGACAGAACAGGAUCAUAAAAAGGAAGAAGCAAUCUACUUACCUCACCAUGCCGUGAUUCGCGAGGACAAAAGCACCACGAAGGUCAGAGUCGUGUUUGACGCUUCCUGUAAAUAUGAGGACGGGAUAUCACUAAACGAUCAGCUUAUGACCGGACCCACCUUGCAACCAGAACUUCGUCACCUCAUUUUGCGUUGGAGACAGUACCCCGUCUGUCUAGUGGCGGAUAUAGUAAAAAUGUACAGGAUGGUAAGAGUAGCCAACGAGGACACCGACUUUCAGCGCAUAGUGUGGCGCGACAAUGCUGAAAAUGAAAUCAAGGAUUACAAGUUGCUGACCGUCACUUUCGGAACUGCUUCAGCGCCCUACUUGGCAGUAAAGGCACUCAAUCAGGUAGCAUGCGACCACAGAGAACAGUAUCCUAUAGCUGCACCACGGGUCCAUCAAGAGUUCUACAUGGACGAUUUGAUGACCGGAUGCCAGACAGAAUACGAAGGUCUACAGCUGUACCACGAAAUGAAAGGCUUAUUGAACGAGGGAGGAUUCGUGCUACAGAAAUGGGCCAGCAACAAAAAAGAGUUGUCAAAGCAGAUCAAUAGAAGAGAAGGAGAGAACCUAGAAAACAAAGAAGAAAAGAGCAAUCUGGAAAUAAAGACAGAUAAUAUAACUAAAAUACUCGGACUUACCUGGAAUCGGGAUGACGACGAAUUUCAGUACUCGGUAAAACUACCGCCGCUAUCGCCACCUGCAACAAAAAGAAAAAUAAUUUCUGAUGUUUCACGUUUGUUCCACCCAUUAGGAUGGUUAGCACCAUGUGUCAUUGCAGCAAAAAUGUUUAUCCAGCGCCUAUGGUUAGCAGGGAUCGGAUGGGAUGAGGAACCACCAUCUGACAUAUUACAGGAUUGGUUAACUUACCGUGAACAACUAGCUCACCUUAUAGACUUCCGGAUUCCAAGAUGGCUUCACACGCACGCGGAUGACACACUUCAUGAACUGCACGGCUUUUGCGACGCAUCCAACGCCGCUUACGCUGCUGUCGUUUAUCUUCGAGUAGUUGACUCAACAGGGAACAUACAUGUAGCGUUAGUGACAGCCAAAACAAGAGUAUCGCCUGUCAAACAAGUUAGCAUACCCAGAUUAGAGCUUUGUGGGGCUGUACUUGUGGCUAAGUUGCUGGCAGAAGUGGCAGAAGUCAUGAAAAUACCCAAACCAAACAUAAGAGCGUGGACGGAUUCCACAGUGGUUCUGGCGUGGCUCAACAAGCACCCAAGCAGCUGGAAAACCUUUGUAGCUAACAGGGUAGCUGAGAUAUUAAACACCAUGGAUUCUGCGCAAUGGUCUCACAUCCGUACAAAAGAAAACCCGGCGGAUUGUGCUUCACGGGGUAUGCAACCAGCAGAGUUAAAGGAACACGACCUGUGGAAGUUUGGCCCUAAACUUCUACACGACAAGGUCAUUCAGUAUGCAAAGCCUAAAAACAAUGAUACUAAUUUAGAACAGGCUGCAAGAGUUCACGUAGGAAUAGUAGAAGAAGAAUUCUGGAACAAAUAUUCAUCUCUAAACAGACUUAUACGUGUUGUUGCUUAUUGCCGACGGUUUUUAAGAAAGCGUGACAGUACACAGAACAAUCAAGUCAACACACGAUAUCUGCAAAAGUGGGAAAUGGACGAGGCAGCCUUAAUAUGCGUUAAAAAGUGUCAAAACGCUGAGUUCAAGAACGAAAUUGAGGAGAUCAACAAAAGCGGGUACAUUAGUUCAAAAACCUCGAAGAUUCGUUCUUUAACGCCGUUUCUUGAAAACGGUAUUUUGCGAGUGGGUGGCCGAUUGCAGAACGCUUCAGAAUUAGAAAUAGCAAAACAUCCUAUUAUUUUGCCCUACGACUCACAUCUGACCAAACUGAUUGUGGCAGAUGCCCAUGAACGUACUCUUCAUGGCGACCAGCGAGCUAUGCUGAACUACUUAAAGUCAGCUUACUGGAUAGUACGAGCAAAGGACUUAGUGAAACAACACAUUCACAAAUGUGUGCGCUGCAUUUGCCAAAAAGCCAAGAUCCAAACUCAAUUGAUGGGAGCCUUACCUUCGGCUAGAGUUACUCCAGGUAGAGCGUUUAUCCGCAGCGGAGUUGAUUAUGCAGGACCCAUCAAUUUAAGAACUUCAAAAGGCCGAGGACAUCACUCAUACAAGGGAUAUGUGUGCUUGUUCAUUUGUAUGGUUACCAAAGCCAUACACCUAGAGGUAGUAAGUGAACUUACCUCACGUGGAUUUCUUGAGGCUUUCAAGAGAUUCACAUCCAGACGCGGCCGCUGCUUAGAAAUCUACAGCGACAACGGCACAAACUUCGUCGGAGCUGCUAAAGAAUUAAAGGACCUCUUCAAUGCAGAGAAGUCAGCUAUGGUCCAAGAAAUAGCGGAAAGUCUGGCUUUAAAUGGAACCACGUGGCACUUCAUCCCUCCUAAAAGCCCGAACUUCGGUGGAUUAUGGGAAGCAGGGAUUAAGUCCACCAAAUACCACAUCAAACGGGUUAUUGGAGAGUCGACACUUACGUAUGAGGAAAUCGCGACUCUACUCAGCCAGAUCGAGCGGUACAAGUGGGCGCAUCAAGUCCCCGAACCUAACGUCGGGGACGUGGUUUUGGUGAAGGAGGAUGAUCUCCCUCCUUCUAAGUGGCUUUUCGGCAGAAUCAUGCAGAAACACCCUGGCUCAGAUCAACUGACCAGAGUGAAGACUGUGUUCGCUGGCCGGAUGACUAAGGUCGCCUGUACACGGUGCCGACACCGCACCGCCGCCGCACCUCCGCGCUAUGUACACGAGACGCGUAAAGCCCGCCUCCGCGCCGACACCGCACCGCCGCCGCGCCGCCGCCGCACCUUCGCGCUAUGCUUCGAUUCUGGUGACAAAAUAUCAAGAAAUUUAAACUCCAAUCCCGAUGCUAAUGUAGUGGCAUCCCCAACAAUUUCAAACUCCAGUCUUCCAUCGAAUGAAGAAGUAAGAGAUUUAAAUGCUGAUGCGGAGAGGGUUUCGUCUCCAAUACGUACUAACUCUGGGAAGUCUACGGCUACGGCGUCUAAUUCUAGCGGCGACUACGAUUACAUUAUUGCAACUCUAAAUGAGCUGAAAGCUUUAGUGGUGUACACUGUCCGCAAAGUUGAUCUAAUUGAAAAGCAGCUGGGAAGUGGCAUAACAGAGAAAAAUUCUGCAGGAACAAAAUUAAUGAAUUGUUUGCCUAUCAAAGAUAUACAAGGUUUACAAGAUUUAGAAGAAGAGCUAAAAAAAUCUGAAACUUUGAAAAUGCAAUUGAUGCAGUGA